GUCAUACAGGCCACCGGGCUGGCGGCCAGAAGGAAACCCCCGGCGGCGCUCGCUCAGCCGGCAGAAGAGGCCCCGCCCACCGCCUCGAGACCCUCGGCCCCCUCGCCCGGACCCCCUACGCUGUCCCCCAACUGCACGAAGCCGAGCGGCAGGAGCCUGCUGGACGAAACGCUCUCCCAGAUUGACUUCACGUUGAAGCAGGAGCAAUUCAAGCAGGUGUUUCCUGCGCUGCUCAGGAAGCAGCAGGAGCUGCACAGGGCCCAGAAGAAGAUGGCGUCCGCGUACCGGCCCCCACCCCGCCUGUCCCCCGAGACCCCCGGCACCCAGGGCCGAGGUUUUCCUCGGGGCGGCCGGGCCGGCGCGUUCCCGGCCGACGCGCCGCCGGGGGGUCACCGUGCCAACGGAGAGGCCCGCAGCGACGCGCAGGACGCCCCCCUGGCCCUCGUGACCAAGCCGCUCGACAGGCCGGUGAACCUCAGCGUGGCGGGCAGAGCCCCCCCGGCCGCCCCCCUGCUCCCGGCCGGCGCCGUCCCCCCUUCUCCCAGCACCCCCGGCGCGGAGGGGAAGGGCGGAGGCCCCAGGGGCCCGACGGCAGGGGGAGGGGGGCGCCGCAGCCAUCUGGUCAAGUCCCUGGUGGAGCUCUUCCGGGGGGCCGAGUCGGACAUCCCGAGCAGCAAGGACUCGGACGACUCGGUCGAGGAAGAGGAGGAAGAGGAGGACGACGACGAGGAGGAUGAUGAGGACGAGGAUUCUGACGACAGCUUGUCAGACUCUGAGAUGAACUUCGGGAGCGACUCGGACGGCUCCGACGACAACGGCAAGGGCGCGAACGGGACGAGCGCCAGCACGGACGCGGAGAAGAAGGACUGCUCCGAUGACUGCUCCCCUCUGGAUCUCCAGGUGGUGAAGACUGCUGACAGGGCACCCCCCGCGGUGGGGUCCGGCCCUCGGGCCUCUGCUUCCCAGGGGGCCUCCUGCUCCUCCCUCCCUGCUUGCAGACCGCAAGGGGCCGGGAAGAGGAAGAGGCCAACGGCUGAGAGGGGCCCACAGAUGCCCCUUGAGUUCGGGUGGCCAAAGGAGGCCAGGAUUGGAACCCUCAAUGGCUGCCGACAGGAGGACAUGGCAUACUAUAGCCUGGAUGGGAAGAAACUCCAUCAGUAUCCAGAUAUCAUGAAGGGGGUGCAGUGGAACUUGCUGAAGGAGCAGGAUGUCAUUCCACGCAUUCUGGCCAUGGACGGGCGAACUAGUCGCCCCCCGAGCUCUGACCGAAGGAGGUCCGGCGGCGACUCCCAGGCGAGACGCAAGAAGGGCCGCCCACCCAACGUGGGUGAAGGCGAACCCCCCAACUCUGCGGAAGCAAAACUCCUCCGCAAGCUGGAGGCUCAAGAGAUCGCCCGGCAGGCGGCACAGGCCAAGCUGAUGCGGAAGCUGGAGAAACAGGCUCUGGCUCAAGCGGCCAAAGAGGCCAAGAAACAGCAAGCUAUCAUGGCCGCUGAGGAGAAACGCAAACAGAAGGAGCAGCUCAAGAUCCUCAAACAACAGGAGAAAAUCAAGCGAAUUCAGCAGAUCCGGAUGGAGAAAGAACUCCGAGCACAGCAAAUUCUGGAGGCGAAGCGGCGGAAGAAGGAGGAAGCGGCAAACGCCAAAAUUCUGGAAGCGGAGAAGCGAACUAAGGAGAAGGAGAUGCGAAGGCAGCAGGCCGUCAUGCUGAAGCACCAGGAGUUGGAGAGGCAUAGACUAGAUAUGGAGCGCGAACGACGGAGGCAGCACAUGAUGCUCAUGAAGGCGAUGGAGGCGCGCAAGAAAGCCGAGGAGAGGGAGCGCCUGAAGCAGGAGAAGCGGGAUGAGAAGCGGCUGAACAAGGAGAGGAAGCUGGAGCUCCGCAGGCUGGAGCUGGAGAUGGCUAAGGAGCUGAACAAGCCCACCGAGGACAUGUGCUUGGCCGACCACAAGCCCCUACCGGAGCUGUCGCGCGUCCCGGGACUCGUGCUGCCCGACGCCGCCUUCGCCGACUGUCUGAUGGUGCUGCAGUUCCUGCGGAGCUUCGGCAAGGUGCUGGGCCUGGACGCGAGCGGCGACGUGCCCGGCCUGGGCGUCCUGCAGGAGGGCCUGCUCAACGUGGGCGACGGCGCCGGGCGAGUGCAGGACCUGCUGGUGCGCCUGCUGUCCGCGGCCGCGUGCGACCCGGGGCUGCCGCCCGGACACAGGGCCCGCACCGCCCUCGGCGACCAGCUGAGCAACGUGAGGAUGAACCGGGACAACGUGUCGGAGGCGCUGCAGCUGUACCUGGAGGCCCACUGCGGGCAGACGGAACUGGCCCCCCUGGCGCAGAGCCUCAGGACCAAGGCUUUCCAGGCGCACAGCCCCGCGCAGAAGGCCGCAGUGCUCGCCUUCCUGGUCAACGAGCUGGCCUGCAGCAAGAGUGUGGUCAGCGAAAUCGACAAGAACAUCGACCAGAUGACCAAUCUGCGGCGGGACAAGUUGGUGAUCGAGGGGAACCUUCGCAAGCUGAGAAACAUCCACGCCAAGAAGACGGGCAAGAAGGAGUCGGUGGCAGCCGGUGAGGCGCUGGGCACCCCCACGACGAGCCGCAAGCGCAAGCGCAAAGGGGGUGACAGCGAGGAUGAGGAAGACGAGGACGACGAGGACAGCGAGGACCAGGCCGAGGAUGAGGACGCCGACGAGGACGACGGGAAGAAGGGCAAGAAGGUGGAAACCUGUGAGGAGGAGGAUGAUGGGGACCAGGCGGCCAGCGUGGAAGAGCUGGAGAAGCAGAUAGACAAACUGACCAAGCAACAGAACCAGAUCCGGCGCAAGCUGUUCGAGGCGUCGCACUCCCUACGCUCCAUGGCGUUCGGGCAGGACCGCUACCGCCGGCGCUACUGGGUCCUUCCGCAAUGCGGGGCCGUCUUCGUGGAGGGACCGGGCGGCAGAGAAGUUUCAGACGAGCUGGAGAGGGAAAGCGAACGUCUGGAGGGCCUCGGGGAGGAUCAGCUCAAAGAGGAGCCCGUGGAGCCCCUGGAGGAGAAAGCGCUGGAUGCCACCGGAGACGUGACCUCAGAAGGAGGGUCGGUGCUCACCGAGGAGGAGAAGGUCUCUCCCAACCUCUUCCUCCAGAAGCCGGGUUCCUCGCCCACCCUGGGCAAGCUGCUCGAGGGGCCCGGUCCCCAGAAGCAGAACGGUCUCCUGGAAACGGUAACCGUGACGACGUCCUCAUCCAGCCGCUCCGAUGCUCAGAUGGCGUUGCCCAGCAGCCCUACGGAGGUGGUGCUGGCGCUGGCGGCGGCGGCGGCGGCGGCAGCGGCGCAGCAGCGGCCCCCUGGCACCGGGUGGGCUCUGCAGCCGGGCGACCAGCCCUUCCGCAAGCUCACGGAGAAGAGCGGCACCUGGUUCUGUCUGCUGCCCCGCUCGCCCUGCGACGACACCUCCCUCACGACGGCCCCCGCCCCACCAAAAACCCCUCCGCAGCCCCCCUCUUCCUCAUCACCGGCGCAUCCGGCAGGCUCCGCCUCCCCCGGCACCCACAACCCCACGGGUCUUAACAGCCUGAGAUUUUCAGCCUUCCAAGUCAAGCCUGGUUUGCACCUCCUUGUCCCGCCUUUCUGUGGGUGGCCUGCUGGAAUGAUGGGCUCCAGCCUCUCUUUUCCCUGCAGCCCACUACCCCCUGCAUUGGGGCCAGGCUGGCCCUCCCUUGAGGGUGUGACCAGCUCCCUCGUAGCUCCCCUGGGCCUUGGCUCCACCCCCAUAAAGAGCGAGUCUCCGCCUCCUACAAGCGAGAAGCUCCACUCGGCCCCUUCCCCAUCCAUGGAGGUGUCCAAGCCGCAGGACCACCCCACCCCCCAGCCCAUCCCAGACGGGAUGCUGAGGGGCUGGUGGAAGGUUACCGACGUGGAGGAGCUGCAGGUCCUGGUGGAUGCUCUGCACUGCAGGGGGCUGCGGGAGAAGAACCUGCAGAAGCAGCUGCAGAAGUACAUGGAGUUCAUCAGCCAGGCCUACAGCAGGAACCGAGAGGCCACCUUCAUCGACGUGACGGACCUGGAGGAGAACCAGGUGACGGAGGAAGCACUGGAGAACUGGUGUGUCGAGGAGCAGGCCAUGGAGGUGGACAUCUCCGCCCUGCAGCAGGUGGAGGAGCUGGAGAGGAGGGUGACCUCCGCCAGCCUGCAGGUCAAGGGCUGGAUCCAUCCCGAGCCCCAGUCGGAGAGGGAAGAUCUAGUGUACCACGAGCACAGGCCCUCGGCUGGGCCGACCCCCUCAGGAGAGGCGGAGGGCGGCGCGGCGCGGGACGGCAGGGGGGACGGCGUCAUCGUGCGACGCGUCAACAACCCCCUCGACAUAGCCGUGACCAGGCUGGCUGAGCUGGAGAAGAACAUAGAGAGAAGGUACCUGGAGAGCCCGCUGGGCUGCACCGUUCAGAUCAGGCUGGACAGUGUGGGUACGGUCACUGUCCCUGCCCCCACACCGUCCAGCAGUGCUGAUGGUGACGGAGAUGAGGAAGACGUGUCGCCGGGGCUGAAGGUGUGGCGGAAGGCUCUCAGCGAGGUCCGCAGCGCCGCCCAGCUCGCGCUCUGCAUCCAGCACCUGCAGAGGUCCAUCGCCUGGGAGCGCUCCAUCAUGAAAGUGUACUGCCAGGUCUGCCGCAAAGGAGACAAUGAGGACCUGCUCCUGCUCUGUGACGGUUGCGACAAAGGCUGCCACACGUAUUGCCACAAACCCAAGAUGACCGCGAUCCCAGAGGGCGACUGGUUCUGCCCGGACUGUAUAUCCAAGGCAAGCGGUCAGUCCCCCAAGAACAAGAAGCCCCCCAACCGAGGAGGCGGAGGGAAGAAGACUCCCGAGGGGAAGCGGAGCAAGAAACCGCCCGUGGUGGGGGAGGUCCCCGAGGACGACGUAGCGAGCACCAGCUCCACUCCUAAAAAAGGGACGAAAGAGCCCAAAAAGAAGAAAGAGGGGGAGAGACCCCCUCCCGGGCAGCCCAAGCUGGAGAGCCCCUGCACGAAGAAGGUGGCUCCACCCCAGGACAAUGACAGGGACCUGGCUUUCUGCAGCAUCCUUCUGGCUGAGCUGGAAGGCCACCACGACGCCUGGCCCUUCCUGAACCCCGUCGACCUCAAGUCCGUGCCUGGUUACAGGAAGGUCAUCAAGAAGCCCAUGGAUUUUUCCACCAUCCGUGAGAAGCUCUUCAGCAGCCAGUACCAGAAUCUCGAGACGUUCAUCAUCGACGUCAACCUGGUUUUCGACAACUGUGAGAAGUUUAACGAGGACAACUCCGAGAUCGGACGAGCCGGACACAACAUGAGGAGGUUCUUCGAGAGAAGAUGGAUGGAGCUGCUGAAGAUGAACUGAGCUGUAGCUCUGACCUGUCUUUCUGGGACGGGUCUUCACGGGGGAGCAACCCGAGGGCACCUCGCUCCGAGGAACCCCUUCAGAGACCAGGG